ACUUCAAAGAAAAAGAAGAAGAAGAUGAUGGUCAUGCAAAGGCAUGCAAGGUUGAUGAUGUUCUUUGUGAUGUCCCUUGUUAAGGUCACUAGUGCAUGGUCUACCCCACAAGUGCCUUGUUUCUUCAUCUUUGGUGACUCACUUGUGGACAAUGGCAACAACAAUGCCCUUCUCACUCUUGCCAGAGCUAAUUAUAUGCCUUAUGGCAUUGACUUCUCUGAGGGUUCUUCUGGACGGUUCACCAAUGGCAGAACCAUGGUUGACAUCUUAUCACAAUUGCUCGGCUUUCGGAACUACAUUCCGGCAUAUGCCAAUGCUAGAACACCAUCUGAAUUCCUCCGAGGCUUGAAUUUCGCCUCCGGUGCUGCCGGAAUCAGAGAAGAAACUGGAGACAACCUGGGUCAACAUUACUCUUUCACGGAACAAGUAGAGAAUUUUGGCAAUGCAGUGAGAGUGAUAAGGAGAAUUUUCAGAGGAAAUACAGCUAGAGUUGCAGAUCAUCUUAGCCAAUGCAUCUUCUUCUCAGGAAUGGGUAGCAAUGACUACUUAAACAACUACUUCAUGCCUAAUCUUUAUUCAUCUAGUUAUGAAUACAGCCCCAAAACUUUUGCUUCAAUUUUACUGGAAGAGUACACAAGACAACUCACUAAUGUGUAUAACUUGGGAGCACGAAAAGUGGCAGUCAUCGGUGUUGGGCAGAUUGGUUGCAUUCCUUAUGAGUUAGCACGGUAUAACACCAAUGAUAACAAUAACGGAACUCAAUCUCAUUGCAACAACAAGAUCAACAAGGCUAUUGCCAUCUUUAACAAGGGCCUAGUAAAGAUGGUCAAUCGGUUUAACGAUCAAUUCCCUGGUGCUAAAUUCAUCUAUGUUAAUACGUUUGAAAGCUCGAAAGACCUUGUCGAAAAUGCCUCAUCAUAUGGAUUUGAAGUGAUCGACAAGGGAUGUUGCGGAGUGGGGAGAAACAAUGGACAAAUAACUUGCCUCCCACUACAACAACCAUGCCAAGAUCGAAGAAAAUACUUGUUCUGGGACGCAUUCCACCCGACUGAAUAUGCAAACAUAAUCUACGCAAAGAAGGCUUAUUCUUCGACAUCAAAAAGCGAAGUUUACCCGGUGAAUAUCAGGCAACUGGUCAUGGCUUGAAAUAUGAUUGAUGCUUAAUUAUUUUCCAUUUCCGUACUAUGCAUUAGUUUUUCCUUCGAUAAAGUCUUUUCUUCAUUGAGAAAACUAUUUGUGAUAUCACUCACAAUUAAGUACUAUAUUAAUUUGA